AUUAGCGUACAUGUAUGUGCAGUGUCGAUGUGUUCAGUAAAUCCUAUUGUAUUCGCAAUGUACAAGUGACCCGUGUACCAUGCACGUAGUUUUGUGUUAUAUUCUACCUGUCGUGGCUUUACAUGUACAUGUACAAGCGAUAUAUGCUAGCAUAGUACAUGAUAUGUGUACGGCUACACACACAGGUGUAAGAAGACGGAUUAUAGUCUGCUUCGGAAGAAAACGCUGAAGCUAAAGAUGGCUACCAUAGCUGAAAACGUUAUAUCAAAGUACAGCAGCGAUGAAAGCGUGCAACAGAAGGUAGACAAAGUUCGCGCCUUACACGGGUUAAAAGACCAUCGUGAAGUCGAAGAGGUGUAUGAUGAACUUGCUGGAAAUUACGAUGAGUUAGUAACAUCUUUAGAAUACUGUGGGCCAUUCUUUACAUCGAGGACAGUCUCUAGGAUAGAAUCUAAAACGGAUGCAAAGAUGCUCGAUGUAGCAUGCGGCACGGGACUAGUCGGUGAUGAGCUACACAAGUUGGGAUACACACAGAUUGUUGGAACAGAUCUUUCGCAAUCAUCUCUAGAUGUUCUAGCAAGGAAAGGAUCCUAUACAAAAUCAGUUCAUGCAAAUUUUGGACCAAGUACUCCUCUGGAUUUCGACGACGGUUAUUUUGAUGUUGCCAUGAGCUGUGGGAGUUUCCUACCUAUGCAUCUCAAUGAGAAGUGUUUACCAGAGAUGAUCCGUCUUGUAAGAAAAGGGGGUUAUAUUAUCAUCACAACCCGGAAGUACAUAUUUGAAGGUGAAACAGGUGACAUGAAGCUCCGACCUGGUCUCAUCAAACUAACUCAAGAGGGCGCUCUGACUAAAAUGGCUCACGAGGAAAACCUGUAUGAGAAGGAUGGAGAUGAUCACGUGACCGGAAUUACAUUAGUUUAUCAAGUUAUAUGACUUCGAAUGUAGAAUGAACCUGAAUGAACAAUUUAGUAUACCUCUUAAUUGAUAUUCCAUUUUACAUAUAUGCAUUAUCAAAGGUAUUCUGAUCGUUUCUUAUUUGACUAAAAUCACAUGAUCGCUUUG